AUCUAUGACCUUUAUGAAUUAUGAUCAUGUCCCCUGUAAUUUUAAGUCAAAUGAUUGUGACUUUGUUUGAAAAUGUCCUCAUUUAUCCUGCAUAGUAUAGACUUUUAGGUUCAGUCAGCAGUUGGCAUUGAUCUUUGUUAUCCUUUCUUUUAUCAGUGAUACUGACAAUUAAACUGUUUUAUGCAACUUCAGCCUGGAUAAUCUAAUAAUCUAUUCUCUUCCUCUAGUUGACUUAGUGAAUGAUAAAAUCCCCAAUAAAUAAUAUUUGACAUAGGAUUGCUUCAGCAGGGAGGUAAGUUAGAAGGUCAAACACCUUGAUUAUCUAUAAUAAUUGCCUUGUAAUGGUUCAUACCAUCGUUCAGAAGAAGAAAAGAAAGCAAAUGGAGAAAAACAAGUUUCUAAUAAGUUUAGUACUGAUAGUUUUGUUGCCAUGUGUAAAUUCAACGACAUCAAGGUGUAAAACUAUCAAGCACUUUGUGCUAGUUCAUGGGGCGUGUCACGGAGCCUGGUCUUGGUACAAAAUUGUGGCACUGAUAAGAUCUUCAGGGCAUAAUGUCACAUCUCUUGACUUAGGUGCUUCAGGGAUCAACAACAAACAGGUCCUGGAAAUCCCACAUUUAUUUGAUUACUUUAGUCCAUUAAUGGAGUUCAUGGCUUCUCUUCCUGCACAUGAGAAAGUGAUUCUUGUAGGCCAUAGCUUUGGUGGAUUGGCCAUAUCUAAUGCCAUGGAAAGAUUUCCAGAAAAGAUUUCAGUUGCUGUAUUUGUUACUGCUCUGAUGCCUGGUCCAACUCUAAAUGUGACCACUCUCUUAACCAAGUUACAAUCUUUCAAUGGAAAUGUAUCUCAACUUGAUAAUCGUGUAACGUAUGAUAAUGGACCAACCAAUCCUCCAACAACCUUCAUCUUUGGUCCAAAGUACUUGGCAAGAAAUGUUUAUCAGUUGAGCCCAAUUCAGGAUUUGGCGCUGGCCACUACACUAGUAAGGCCUCUAUACCUAUACAGCGUGGAAGAUUUUUCUAAGGGGAUAGUUGUUUCAAGCAAAAAGUACGGAACAGUUAGACGAGUAUUCAUUGUGGCUGUUGAAGAUAAAACUCUACCCAAGGAAUUUCAACAUUGGAUGAUUGAAAAUAAUCCACCAGAUGAAGUGAAAAAGAUUUCAGGCUCUGAUCACAUGGCCAUGAUGUCUAAGCCCCUAAAACUUUUUACUCUUCUUCUACGUAUUGCUCACAAGUGACGAGCUUAUUAAUCUUUGAUUAAAUAUUCAAUAAUAAAGUAUACUGAAAUAAAUUUUAGAAAUUGUACUUCAACUUUCCCUGUAAUCUGAUACUACUAGUUUUUGGGAGGCGUGCACCCUAGAUCAAUUGAGUACACACAAUCCUUUUGUUCCAACAACUCAUACCAUCCAAGCAAGGCACUCUUGUUUUU